GAGAGAGACGGGCGAGUCGACCGGCCGCCGCCGCGCCGCGCGGACCUGCUCCCGAGAACCAGUCGGCGAAGGAGGGUGGACAGUGGACAGUGGACGGUGGACAUUGGACAUUGGACAGUGGACGGUGGAUCAUAGACGGUGGACAGUGUAUAGUGCGCUCUUUGGUGUGAGCACGGUGGACCUUACGUGGAGCAGGAGCACAACACCGGCAUAGCUCCUCUCGUACCACCGCAGUCUCCACCAGAACGGCGUCAAACCGCGAUCACUGCUUCCUCUCAGCCGCCGGUCCUCAGCGAUCAUGGCGGCCAGAAACGCGCGCCCGCACCCUCCCUAUGAGGAGAUAGAGGAGGGUCCGUACUCGAGCCGACCCCGGCGCGGGGCCGAGGGGCGAGAGGAGCAAACCUACGACUUUCUGCCCAUACACCGUCCAGGAAACGGCAAAAGGAACGGUACUAACGAGAUGGUGAGCCGCCGGAGGAUCCUGAGCCGAUCGCGGGACGACCUGAACCUGGAGGCCGCCUACCAGGAGGAGGAGGAUGACGUGUGGUACAAGAAGGAGAAGCUCUACAGCGACCACAUCAGGGAAGUGCUCGCCAAAUGGGACUCGAUCGAUGACGAGAUCUGGGCCAAGAUCAUCGUGUUCGAGCGCAACCGGCGCGUGGCCAAGGCAUACGCGCGUGUCGGCGUGCUCACCAUCCACGGCUCCGAUGUCGGCUUCGACGGCAGCAAAAUCGGUCUGUGCGGCUUUGACAACCCACUGAGGGAUCCCAAGAUCGACGAGGUGAAGCGUUACAUCGGCGCGGGUGUAAAGGUGAAGAUGGACAACGAGGGUAACUUGAUGGUGAAGCGACUGGCCAAGUCCAACGUCUACGUCCGCUACGCCACUGGAGAGAACGCCGUCGGCUCCGACAUCCUGAAACUUCCACAGGCCGCGCUGGAGGCCAACAAGGGACUGGCGCUGUUCGACCUGAAGAAGUUCCACCAGAACGUGAACCGGGAGCUGAAGCGUCAGUACCCCGAUCGCACCCGGCUCGAGACUCAGUGCAUGACCUCCCUGGCCUUCGUCAAGAACGACGACGACCUGCUCAACUGCCCGUGCUGGGUGCUCAUCAUCAACAUUGUCGCCCUGGACAUGCUGAAGGGCAAGCUGAUGCCAACCUCGAUACCUCCUACGGUGGCCAACCCCGUCGUGCAGAACGGAGCCCGGAAUCGGAUCCCGAUUCCGGACGAGGAUCCGUACAGUCUGGCUGGAUCCGGAGGCGGAUCCGGCGGCAGCUCGGGAUCCUCUGGGAAACCGAGCCGGGAGCGGCCACCGAAGCUGCCACCGCGCGAUACGGACAGCAGGAACGGACGGCGGGAGGACUACACGGACGACACAGACGAUAUGGAACAACCUCCGAUGCAGAACGGUGGCGGCGUCAGCGGCCUGAGAGCCCGUCUUCAGUCGUCGCGCAGCAAGAACAAGAAGGAGAGGAAGAAGGGAGACGAGCUCUACUAUGGAGGUUUCCAGGCGCGCAUCCCGAACUUUGCCAAGUCAAAGCACCCGCGCGAGGACCCUCGCGACCCGCGUGCCUUCAUGCCGGCACCUCACGGGAUGCCGGUGCCCCAUCCGGCCAUGUGGCACACUCGGAGUUACGAGAGUGGCAUGGGACGCAUGCAGUAUGUGUCCAUGCCUAAUAUUCACCGGAUGUCUCAAUUACAAAACCCGAUGAAUUUCGUUCAGCCUAUGGCGCUCCAUCAGGCUGUGGACCGGGAGUGGGAGAUCUACUACCGUCACCAGCAGGGUCGGCCGCCCGUCAAAUAGGUGUCCUUAUCUCACACUCUGUGGCGCCCCAGGCCCGACAUGGACGGAAAGGUAGACUCUCCCUACGCGAGGAUGGCCGGCUGGAACCCCAUGCACGGCCGACUGCCGCCCUCGUUCCAGCAACGGCGCGCCAUGUACGUCUCCAACUGGCAGUGAGGGACAAUUGCGGCGCACAGCGGUGGCUAGACGGCGCGCCAGAACUGUCUGCGAUGCGUCUCGGUCCGCCGCGCAGCGCCGGAUGUGAUAGUCGGUGAUGGUCGCUGCCCUGCGACCUGUGAUCGUGAGCGAAGCUGCAUAAGGGGGCACGGUGAAUACGGACCACUGAUUAGGACUCCGGGGCUUGGCCCACGGUCGGGUGGUGAAGGCAGCGCUGGCAGGCUGCCGCUAGAUGGCAGGACCAGCAGCGGCAGCGUGAGUCCCAGCUCGCCACCGUGGGGCUGCAGCUUACGUUACCAGUGAACGACGCUUGUUCGCACUAUGUGACGCGUUUGUUAGGCUAAGUCUUCUGGAUUCGAUUUAUGCAUCAGUGCUGAGGGGAGUUAUUUCGCUCCCUUGCUGAGAGCGUGAUCAUGAUGGGUGAGAGUAUGUGAGUGCGAGUGAGUGUGGGUGAGCAAACUGCGUGAACUCUGUCUGGGUCUGUCAUGAUGUGAGCUUUUAUUUAGGUCGUGUGGGUACGUGUGAAGUCCGACGGGGAUGUAUCUAUUGACGUUGUUUGUAGUAGCGCCGGGGCGCAGAGAGGCAAAGUCGUGUGCAGCGGUCGCUGUGUCGACCCCGUGCGCUAUGCGUCGGUUCCGUAUUGAUAUUACCCGAGCUCUGUAAACGCUCUCCAUUGGUCGUGCUUUGACCCUUGGUGCGUCCUCUAAUCCCGUCCUAAGUAUGCUGUGUCCCAAGUGAAACAGCACGAAAACACGUUUCUGAGAGACUUAACGACAAGAUUCGUUAAAUAUUUGUACCAGGUGCCUUUGCCUGAAAUUGAGCGUGAUCAUGACAAUAUCCGUCCUUUCACUCUUCAUGUAUUUACGUCUGAUAAACGUACAUCGCCUUAUGGGAUACAUCACUAAUGGUUCCAGAGCCUUGUCACAACCAACUUAUUUGAAGAGGGAAGCUCAUUCGAAGUUGGAUGACAAGUUUAAACAUAAAUCCUGCCUUGUAUGCUCUCAGAUUUGGCUAGAUAGUUGGCGGGGAAUACUGCAAGUACUUGCUUGCCACUUGUUGCUCACCUGUGCCUUUUAUCAUCUCUGUGCUCGUAUCAAAAAUGUAUUAUCGGUGUUGCUAUAGGAAUGAGUGAAUAAAGAAACCGUCGGCCCA